GCUGCCCGCGCCAAGAACCCGCUCGAGAAGGAGGGCGCCAUGGUCGCGUUCGACGAGCUGUUCCGCAAGACGGGCCAGGCGCUCGGCGGCGUCGACCCGUACUACAUCCCGCUCCUCCCGUGCAUCCUCGACAACUUCCAGGAGGCCGGCAAGACGGCGAGCAUCAAGGACGCGGCCGAGAAGGCGGCCAAGCAGCUGCAGCGCCUCCCGCCUCCCGAGGUCGCGCCGCGCAUGAUCGAGGAGCUGUUCGUCUACGUCGAGUCGAACGCCAAGUGGCGCAGCAAGGUCGGCGCCCUCGAGCUCAUCGCCAUGUUCGCCAUCACGGCCAAGGACCAGGUCGCCGAGCGCCUCGGUGACUACGUCCCUCGCCUCGUCCCGGCCAUGCAGGACACCAAGACCGAGGUCGCCAACACCGGCGAGAAGACCGCCGUCGCCCUGUGCAACGUCCUCACCAACCCCGACAUUCAGCCGUUCACGACCGACCUCGUGCGCUGCAUGGCCGACCCGACUACGGUCCCGGCCGCCAUCAAGCGUCUGUCGUCGACCGUCUGGGUCCGCGAGGUUGACGGCCCGACCCUCGCCGUCGUCGGUCCGCUGCUCAAGCGUGCCCUCGCCGAGAAGGGCAACAUUGUUCAGCGCCAGACUGUCGUUCUCGUCACCAACCUGUUCAAGCUCGUCCGCACGCCCGACCUCGCCGCCGCGCACUGCGACGCCGUCCUCCCCGGCAUCGAGCGCAUCAUCGAGUCGGCCGCGUUUCCCGAGAUCCGCGCGUUCGCCGAGACGGCCAAGAAGGCGGUCGACAAGUCGAUCGUCGGCGCGUCCAUCCCGGCCAUCGACCACCUGUCCGAGGCCCUCGGCGACGAGCGCACCGCUUACUCGCAGCUCGUCGAGGCCGUCGAGGCCAAGUCGGGCGACAAGCCCGACGCGUUCGUCGAGGCGUCGAUCAAGACGGCCGCCUACGCCAUCUCGCAGCUCGUGCGCAAGCGCGCGCUCGGCGAGCACGAGUGGAAGGACCAGUACGUCGGGCCCUACAUCGCCCACUUUGUCGGCAAGGACGCCGCCGACGAGAUCUCGCUCGACCUCCUCAAGAAGUGGGUCGCCGUCGACAAGGAGCGCAACCGCGUCGAGGGCGCCGACGACGACGACGACGAGGAGGGCGAGAUCCUCAUCGACCUGCCGUUCUCGCUCGCGUACGGCGGUCUGCUCCUCCUCAACCACACGGCGCUCAAGCUCCGCAAGGGCCACCGCUACGGCAUCUGCGGCGCCAACGGCUGCGGCAAGUCGACGCUCCUCAAGGCCAUCAACCGCAAGCAGAUCGACGGCUUCCCCGAGGACAUCAAGGCGGCGUACGUCGAGCACGACAUCGAGGGCGACGAGUCGGGCAUCACCGUGUGCCAGCUCAUGCUCGACGAGCCCCGCAUCAACGCGACCGAGAAGGAGGUCCGCGACAUGCUCGAGGAGAUGGGCUUCUCGCCCGAGCGCCAGGACGUGUCGAUCAUCUCGCUUUCCGGCGGCUGGAAGAUGCGUGUCGCCCUCGCUCGCGCCAUGCUCAUGAAGGUCGACCUGCUCCUCCUCGACGAGCCGACCAACCACUUGGACGUUCAGUCGGUCCACUGGCUUCAGGACUACCUCAAGUCGCAGACCCGCGUCACGUCCAUGAUCAUCUCGCACGAUUCGGGCUUCCUCGACGCCGUCUGCUCCAACAUCAUCCACUACCACAAGAAGCAGCUCGUGUACUACCGCGGCAACCUCGCCAAGUUCGUCGAGAAGUACCCUGCGGGCAAGACGUACUACACCCUGUCGGACGAGGUCGUCAAGUUCACCUUCCCGUCGCCGGGCUCGCUCAUGGGCGUCCGCUCGCGCACUCGCGCCAUCCUCAAGAUGACCGACUGCACGUUCACGUACCCGGGCGCCGCCAAGCCUCAGCUGUACAACGCGAGCGUCGCCAUCUCGCUCUCGUCGCGUGUCGGCGUCGUCGGCCCCAACGGUGCGGGCAAGUCGACCCUCAUCAAGCUCCUCACCGGCGAGACGCUCCCGGACACGGGCCGCGUCGAGAAGCAUCCGAACCUGCGCAUCGCCUACGUCGCCCAGCACGCGUUCCACCACAUCGAGCAGCACGUCGAGAAGUCGGCCGUCCAGUACAUCAUGUGGCGCUACCAGGAGGGCAUCGACAAGGAGCAGGCGUACAAGGCGUCGCGCAAGCUCACGCCCGAGGAGGAGGCCCAGCUCCUCAUCCCGGUCGUCGCCAAGACGGGCGAGCAGCGCUUCAUCGAGCAGAUCAUCGGUCGUCAGAAGCUCAAGAAGAGCUACACGUACGAGAUCAAAUGGAAGGGGAUGGGUCACAAGGACAACGCGUUCGUGCCUCGCGAGCGCCUCCUCGAGCUCGGCUUCUCCAAGAUGGUCCAGGAGUUUGACGACCACGAGGCGUCGCGCGAGGGUGCCGGUUCGCGCGAGAUGAGCGUCAAGCUUGUUCGCCAGCACCUCGAGGGCGUCGGCCUCGACGGCGACAUCGCCGAGUACAACGAGAUGAAGGGUCUCUCGGGCGGCCAGAAGGUCAAGGUCGUCAUCGCCGCCGCCAUGUGGUCCAAGCCCCAGUGCCUCGUCCUCGACGAGCCGACCAACUUCCUCGACCGUGACGCACUUGGCGGUCUCGCCGUCGGUAUCCGCGAGUGGGAGGGCGCCUUCAUCUGUAUCUCGCACAACCAGGAGUUCAUCGGCGCGCUAUGCAGUGAGAUCUGGAACGUCGAGGCCGGUCGCCUGACGACGAAGGGCAAGGCCGCCGUCGUCGAGGGCGCGUUCGAGUCGAACCCCAACUCGGCUCGCGACACGCCUGCGGGCACCCCUGGCGUCGCCACCCCGGCCGAGACGCCGGCUGGCUCGGGCGACGAGGCUCGUGCUGCCGCCACCAUCGACGGCGUCGAGGAGGAGCUCAAGUUCAAGGCCGCCAAGGGCCGCAAGAAGCUCACCCGCAAGCAGAUGAAGGAGCGCGAGGACCGUCGCCGUGCCCGCACUCUUGCCUUCCUCUCGAGCACCAUCCCUGGUGCCGUGCGUGAGCCCGACACGGAGGACGAGGACGAGGAGCACGAGAAGCAGAAGCUCCGCAUCCCGUCCAAGAAGGUCAAGAGCGGCACCACCACGCCCACGAUCGCGGGCGUCAAGAAGAGCGGCGUCGUCACGCCGGCUUGAGCCUCCUCCCCCUUCGUCAUCCCCUUCUUUCUUGGCCGGCCGUCCCUCCCCUUGUUGUACCGCCUCGGGGGACAUCUCAGUCUCUCCAUCUCUCUCUUGCCCCAUCGGUUGUUCCUCGUUGCUACGAGUCUCCCAGCUCGCGCGCAAUACCAUAGAUGCUCGUCUGCGGACACUUUCUCUCUCUG